AUGGAUAAUGAUUCAAUAUUAAAUCAUAGUACUGGGGGUGGUGGUGGUGGUGGUGGUAAUCAACACUCGACAACUUCAGAAGGAAAACUUUACUUUGAUCUUGUCUCAAAUAGUCGAACAUAUAACUUCCAAGCAGAGGAUGAACAAGAAUACGAAGAAUGGAUAAGUAUUUUAAAUAAUGCAAUGCAAGAAGAAUUUAACAAAGCAAUGAAUGGUGAAAACUAUACAAAUUCACAAUGCGAUCUGUCUGAAACAACACUGAAUUUAUCAUCGAAUCGUUUGAUGAGCACUAAUAAAUGUAAUAUUACUAAUGGUGAUAGUUUGGCUGCCGAUAUGGAUUUAGUCUAUUCAACUUUAACUGGUCAAAGUAAUAGUCCUAUGAAUAAUAAUCCCUCGAAACAUAUGAAAUCUGAUAGUUUUGGGGAUAGUCUACCAGGAAGUGAAAAUGAUUUAUUAGAUUCUAGCGGUUCACAAAUUAGUCGUUCACGUGAAAGUCACUUAGAUAGUGCAGAUGCUUUUUCAACAGAUGGCAUUAAUGCGACUGAAUCUAAAGGACGUCCAUCAAAAUCAUUAAUUCAAUCUUCUUUACGAUUCUGUGCACCUGGUAAUGAAGUAUGCGCUGAUUGUGGUCGACCUGAUCCCGAAUGGGUUAGUGUAAAUCUGGGUAUAUUAAUUUGUUUGGAAUGUUGUGGUGCACAUCGAGAAUUAGGCGUACACCAUUCACGUACUCAAUCAUUAUUGAUGGAUGAAUUAUCGACUAAUCAACUAUUGUUACCUCGAUUCAUCGGGAAUCAACUGUUUAAUAGUGUAUAUGAGUCUAGUUUGCCUGCAGAAAGUAAACCGAACGCUUUAGAUUCUGUUAAUGAUCCAACUGAUGGAAUGACACAAAGACGUAAUUUUAUUAAAUCAAAAUAUGUUGAUCGACGUUUUAUCACGAAAACAACAUCGGAUUCUUUAAUUGUAACAUCGAAUUCACUAGAUUAUAAUACGAACAAUAAUAAAUCUUUCUCAGAUGAUAUUUCAACUACUCGUGAUCCUAUUGCAGAACGAUUUUUAAGACGUGAUCUGUUAAGAGCAGUAAAAACCGGUAAUUUAUCAUUACUUAUUCAGGUAUUCGCUGAACGACUAGAUCUUAUGACACCAUUUCAACCAGAAGAUAAUGAUGAUGAUUCUUAUUCACUUUUGCCUGGAACAACUGCAUUACAUAUAGCUGUUGAGAAAACUAGUAGAUUUUUAAUAAAAUCCAGAUUAAAUUAUUCUCAUGAAAACAAGGUUAAUGUAUCCGAUUUAAGUGAACAACAACAACAAAUAACUGAAUCAUUUUUAAAUUUUGAUAAUAGUAGUAAUCGUGAAGCAACCACAUGGAGUGUAAUUGAUAAUCAUGAAUUUGAGAAAUCACCACAUAAUAAUUUACCAUUAGUGGAAUUCAUCUUACAAAAUUCUUCAUCAGGUAGCUUAAAACGUGCCAAUAAAUUGGGUGAUACAGCACUACAUCAUGCCGCUCGUUAUGGAUGUGUGGAUGCAUUAAAAUUAAUUGUUCAAGCUGGCGGGAUUCCAACACCAAUACUCCAAUUAACUAAUCAUAAUGGUCAAACAGCAUUAGAUAUUGUAGAAAAUGCAUUAAUACAAUACAAAUUAAAUAAUACUAAUACUACUGCUACUACUACUACUACUAAUAAUAAUAAUAAUAAUAAUAACAAUCAUAUAUUGUUAUUAGAUGCUUAUAAAAAUUGUCAACAUAUUCUUAAAUUAGCUAAUUUCAUUGCAUCUAAUAAUUCAUGUAAAAAUAAUUGUUUAAUUACUGAUUCUAUUGGUUCAUUAUUUUCUAAUACAAAUGGAUCUAUUGAUAAAUUAUCAAAUUAUCGUAAUAAUUUAAUAGAAUUAUUAAAUCAAUUAAAUUCAAUCAAUUGGUAUCCAUUAAAUAUUUCAUCAUAA